AAUGAGCUGUGCCGUUACGAAGGCUUUUCAAGAAAAAAGGUACAAGCAAGCCGGCAUUCUACUAGAACUGGGUUUUGACAAUUGUUACCAAGACGAAAAGGAUGGAAGGAACGUAUUGCACAAAUGCGCGCUUGUAGACGUCAACGAUAGGAGAGAAGUUUUAAAUCUUAUAAGUAUAUUGAUAAAAAGAAAGGGUUCGGAUCUUGUAAAUUCAAGAGAUAAAUUCGGUAAGACUAUUCUUCAUUUGGCGUUAGAGAACGAAUACUUUUCAGCCGUGAAACUUUUACUAUCUUCCGACUUGGUUGAUUUGACGGUUGCCGACAACAAUGGAUACACUGCCCUUCAUUUAUGCUCUGAAAGAGGAUACACAAAGCUAACAAGCUUUAUUGUUAAACGAAUGACCAAAUAUAGACUUUCGAUAGACCAAAGAACAAAAGACAAGGGUAUGACGGCCUUGAUGCUGGCUUGUUCUAAAGGAAAUUUCAAUAUUGCCAAAAUAUUAUACGUCGACGGAAAAGCGUCGACAACGAUGAGAGACGACGUUCAAUUUCAAAACGCUAAAGAGAUAUUGGAAACUUUCGUUGGUGGUAAAUGUUGCAGAGACUUUCUAGAAGUUCUAGAAGAGAAUCUUAAACUUAAGCAAUUGCCUAUGAGAAGGUGUAAAUCGGCGAGAACGCUGUACCAUCCACAAACAAUUACGGCAACGUUAGACUGCUCAUCAUCCCACGAUAAAGACAGCAAUAAUAAUUGUAACAAUAGAAAUAAAACUGCAGGUACAAAUCAUGUUCUGGAUAGGCCGAAAACGGCGUCGGCCGCCUAUAAAAGAGCUCAAUUCCACUAUGUAUUUGGUUUAUAUAGCGAUGUUUGUUCGACUUCUUAUACAACCGCCUUUAAAGUGGAGGAAACUUUUGAACAAAUUCCCAAGAAAUCUUUAACUAUCGACAAAGCCGAAAAACUUUCGUCUGCUAAAAUGAAAUUACAAAAUUUGAUUAAAUUAAAGAAAUCAAAUACUUUAUUCAAUACUGUUAAACAAUUAAAAACUCGAAAUAGGUCAGAAUCUACAAGACAUUCAAGUCAAUCGUCCAUUUUUAGUACUGAAAGCGCAAAAAAGCAUUCCCCCAAUAAACAUAACAGCAAUCAUGAUGUUGUUAGGAAUAUUUGGAAGAAAACUCUAUCCUUAUCAUCAACCAAAAGCGAACCUAUUCCGCACACUAACCUCCUUAAGAAAAUUGUUAAAUUACGUCAUACAGCCUCCGACGACAAUCAAGCCGACAACGUUUUUGAUUGA